AUGACGCUUGAAGUGUGCAACUCUAUGGAAACCAUAGAACACUGUGAUAUUCAAUUUAACUUUCAGGCUAUGGAGCCCGAUCAAGAAACGGAAAUAGCUGCAGAAAACCUACAGAAUAUAAAUAAGGAAUUAAUGUACCAGACUAGCACAACUGAUGUAGACAUUAAUAUGGAGUAUCUACCGGCUGAUAUACAAAGCUGUGUGGAGAUCGAGUCUAGUAAUGUUAUAAGUAUAUCAGAGAAUCAAAUAGUAGAAAUACAAUUUCAAAAUGAGACUGGACUUAUCAAUACAGAGUAUAUAGUUAAUAAUAAUAUAAUAGAAGCUGAUAAUAUCAUUAACCUUAAGGAUGGUGUCUAUGAAAAAAUAAUUCCGUAUGAUAUCUACGAUUCUGUAAAGUCUAGUACUGAAUCUUUUGAAGUAAUUCAACAAACAGAAGAGCCUAAGUUAAAAUCCACAGAAAUAAUAACUCAAAGCAUUAUAAAUAUUCCUUUGUUGAGUCCUCAAAGCGAAAACGACGAACAAAACGAGACAGACCUGACCAGUUUGACCUGGUUGCACAAUAUCACUAACAUUAUGUCAGUUCCUAACAUUCCUACUCCUCCUGUAUCUCCCACUCCCAAACCAAAAAGAAAACACACUGGAAAUCAAGAAGACUUAACGAUUAACAUUAACUAUUAUAAAAAGAAUGGCGAUAAAAAGCCACCGUUUUCAUAUGCAACUUUAAUAUGUAUGGCAAUGGGAAAAAACGGCAACAAAAUGACUUUAUCUGCUAUUUAUCACUGGAUUAGGGAAAACUUUUUGUACUACAGGAAAGCUCAUCCUAGCUGGCAGAAUUCAAUAAGACACAACCUUUCUCUGAACAAAUGUUUUGUCAAACAUCCCCGAUCAAAAGACCAGCCGGGUAAAGGAGGUUUUUGGAAACUGGAUUUAGAACGACUUGAAGAAUCUAGACGGUCAAAAAGAAGAUCAAGUUUGACAGUAAGGUCACCAAGGAAUCGACAUGCCGAUCAAAAAACUCAGAAACCGUUGCGGAAACCAAAAAGGUAUCGAUCAAAUCAAAACACUGGCGAAAGAAAACACAAUAUUCUCUCCAACAUAUCUAUUUGCGGAGAUACCGACAUCGACAACUUCGAAGAUGAAAAGAAAAAGAAAGAAAACAAACCGGAAAAACGAUUGCAAAAAGAAGUGUCCCUUCUACCGAAACUGGAUGAAGUAGAAGAUGAAUCUCACAAAGAAGAUGAAACCAAUGACUUUGUACCAAGCUCCAUGCCAAACCAGUCAGUGGUGACAGAACCAGUCAAUCAGAUGCUAGCUGAAGACGAAUUAACUGGGUUGCUGCUGGCGACGAACGGCUGGGAUGAUUGUCAGUUAGAAUUAUUGGAUUCUCUACUAGAUUCCUUGUAA